AUGAUAUCUCCACCUUUCUCCAAUCAGGUGAGGGAUGAGGCUGAACCUCCCAGCUACCAGGAAGCAACUGCAGGGUAUCCUGAGAUGGAGGCCCAGUUUGCAUUUGAUGAUAAGACCAUCAGGAGGACUUUCAUCAGAAAGGUUUACGCCAUCCUCAUGUUCCAGCUGUUUGUGACCGUCGGGGUCGUCUGCCUCUUCACCUUUUGCGAGCCUGUGAGGUUUUUUAUUCAGACCAACCCCACCUUGUACAUGGCAUCUUACUUCAUGUUUCUUGGGACCUACAUCGCACUGGGCUGCUGUGGAGACCUGAGGAGGCAGUUUCCAUGGAAUAUCAUCCUUUUAGUUCUCUUUACUCUGAGCAUGGCCUUCAUGAUGGGGUUUAUUUCUAGCUUUUACAACACAAAGUCUGUAAUGCUGUGUCUGGGAAUCACAGCUUUGGUUUGUCUUUCCGUCACCGUGUUCAGCUUCCAAAGCAAGAUCGAUGUAACCUCCUGCCAGGGUGUGCUGUUCUCUCUGUGUAUGGCCAUGCUUCUUUGUGCUAUCACCAUCUCCAUUGUCGUCCCCUUCGGAUAUGUCCCCUGGUUACACGCCAUCUAUGCGGUGAUAGGAGCCAUCCUCUUCACUCUGUUUUUGGCUUUCGACACGCAGCAGCUCCUAGGAAACAAGCGCUACACUAUCAGUCCAGAGGAAUAUGUUUUCGCCACUCUCAGCCUCUAUCUGGACAUCAUCUACCUGUUCAGCUUCUUGCUGCAGCUUACAGGAGGUGGCCAUGAGUGAAGCAUGCGUUCUGGGGUCGGAUUCAGAACCUCCAGAACAACUUUGGAUUCAAUUCCCAGCAGUAGAGAAACAAAUCGAUAGUAUUGGAUCAGACUCUGGAGCAGGCAGGCUUAUUCCCCAUCCUGUCACCUGUGGGAAUUUUGUUUUUUUUGUACGAUACUCUCUGACCUUUGCUGUUUAGAUGUUAGGGAAUUGAUGUGAGGGUUCACCUGCCCUUUAUUUUUGAGCAGUCACCAUCUGACCCAUUAGAGCUGACUCUAUGGGCCCCAUUACUAUUUAAACAACACUCAGCCAGUAAUCAAGCCUGGCACUAGUCUUUUUCAUCCAGCUGAUUUUAUUUAAUCGUUACUUAUGUUUUCCCUUCAUAGCUUGUUUUGCAUUGCAAAUCACUUUAGAUUGCUUGCUCAGUAUUUAGCAAGCGUACAAUAUCUACGUAUAACAAUGUUUCCAGAUGAACACCAACAUCUUAUAGAGGAUUUCUUUUUAAGGAGAAACCUUCAACUUCUAAAUGUUCUAAAAAGGGAAAAUGUGUGUCUAACAUGUUACAGUGCUUUUAAUUGGUUAGAAUUUUUUUUUUUAAACUUAAUUCUGACUUAAUAUUAUUGUGGCCUUUUAUGUGAGAUAGAAAUGUAUUUUUUUAGAUGAAGGACUUUUUUAAGCAUGAGGAGAUUCUAUGUAGUGAAUAAAACAUAAAAUGCAAAUAUUUGUUCUACAAACGACACUGUGUACAUUUUAUUCUGACUCUUUGAGAAAAACUGACUUGUGAAAAACAUUGUUUGCUUCAUGUGAAUAAUAAA